UAGGUGUGUUAUCGGAGUGAGAGCUGGAAUGAGGCUCAAGAUUUGGUGUAACGUUGUCUGUUGAUUGUAUGCGAAUAUACAUAUAUAUAUCUGUACUCAGAGCGACGGAGAGAGAGCACUCAUGGCAGUGUUACAGACCAUGCGAAAACACCCAUAGAAUCCCAUCAGUCCACCUCUCACAACUUACACCAACAACAUCCCAUCUCACAACACCAUGUCAGACAUCAUCGUAAUCGGAGCCGGCGUCAUCGGCCUCAGCGCCGCCCUCCGCCUCCAACAAGCCGGCCACAGCGUCACCAUCAUCGCCAAAGACUUUCCCACCCCCUUCGAAGCAGCCGACAAGCGCGCCCUCAUCAACUACACCUCGCAAUGGGGCGGCGCGCACAACCGCUGGGUCCUCCCUACGAAUCCCGCCGAGCAGCGUGAGCACGAGUUUUCGCUCACGACGUAUCGCCACAUGGAGGCUACGCUGAGCGAGUUUCCCGAGGCGGGCAUUACUUUCAUGAAGGGCAUUGAGUAUUUUGAGAACCCGCCCCCUGUGCAUCGUGAUUUAACGGUGGAGAAGGCGCUUCAGCUUGGCCUUGAGGAGUUCAAGUUGUUGGAGAAGAAGGACUUUCCGGAUGACAAGGUGGUCUGGGGGUGUGAGUACAAGACGUGGUGCGUGAACCCCAUGGUUUACUGCUCGUUUCUUCUUCGCCGGCUCCAUAUUCUCGGGGGUAAAGCCAUGGCCAUGGAGCUUCGGAAUUUGAAUGAAGCGUUUCUUGUCAAGGCGGUGCCUGGCGUCAAAACUGUCGUCAACUGCUCCGGCCAGGGAUUCAACGACCCAGCCGUGUUUCCCACAAGAGGUCAAACCUGCCUCGUCGCAAACUCCUGUCCCGCCACCGUCACCCGCCAAAACGCAGACGGCUCGUGGUCGUUCUGCGUGCCCCGAAACUUCCACGGCGGCACCGUCAUCGGCGGCACCAAGGAGCCCGACAACUGGGAUCUCGAGCCCAGUCCCGAGACUCGCGCCCGCCUACUCUCCUCCUUCGCUGCCACGUAUCCGCCCAUCGUCGCCGACGGGCCUUUGCAGCCACUGGGGGACAUCGUCGGACGGAGACCGACUCGUCGUGGAGGGAUUAGGCUGGAGAGAGAGGAGAUUGCAGCUGAUGAAAUCAAGGGCUUGCAGGAUAAUGAGGCGAGAUCGAUUGUGCAUGCGUAUGGCCUCGGUGGGAGGGGCUUUGAACUCUCGUGGGGCGUGGCAGAGGAAGUAUUUGAGCUUGUCAAGCAGCGAGUUUCUAGUCGUCUAUAAAUCGGCCGCUGCGCUAUUCAGAAAGCAGCCUUCUCCCUUUUUUUCAAACAUGUAAUAAUCGUACAAGUCCCCGUCAUCUAUAUCUGUACAUGCCUCCCCUCUCAUCAACUCAUAC